GGCCAAAGGGAGAGAAGAAAUAUAACAUACACACACAUCUAGUACACUUCAAACGUAUUUAUAUAGCUAGAUGGUGGGCUCGGAACAUCAUCAUCAUCAUCAUCAACAACAACAACAUCAUCAAAACCAUCAGCAGCAACAACAAAGGAGCAAAGAAGCUUUGGGGAUGGUCGCUCUCCACGAGGCCCUAAGAACCGUUUGUCUCAACACCGACUGGACUUACUCUGUCUUCUGGUCCAUCCGUCCCCGUCCGAGAGUUCGAGGCGGUGGCAACGGCUGCAAGGUCGGCGACGACAAUGGAAGCUUGAUGUUGAUGUGGGAAGAUGGAUACUGCAGAGGAAGAGGAGGAUCAGGAGAUUGCUAUGGAGACAUGGAAGGAGAAGAUCCUGUUCGUAAAUCUUUCAGCAAAAUGUCAAUUCAGUUAUAUAAUUAUGGCGAAGGGUUAAUGGGGAAGGUUGCUUCUGAUAAAUGCCAUAAAUGGGUUUUCAAGGAACAAACUGAAGCUGAAUCUAAUGCCUCUAGUUACUGGCAAAGCUCUUUCGAUGCUAUUCCUUCAGAGUGGAAUGAUCAGUUCGAAUCUGGAAUUCAGACCAUAGCUGUUAUUCAAGCUGGACAUGGCCUUUUACAACUCGGUUCUUGCAAGAUUAUACCUGAAGAUCUGCACUUUGUACUUCGGAUGAGGCACACGUUUGAAUCACUCGGCUACCAAUCUGGCUUUUACCUCUCUCAGCUGUUCUCCUCAAACCGAACCACUUCGUCUUCAAACACAUCCCUCAUGGGCUCGAACCACCCUAUACUUCCUCCACAGACUCAACCAUUGCAACCCUCUCUUCCUCUCUACAGCUGGAGUGGUACGAGCCAACGACCGAUGAUGCCUCAAUCCUCUUUGCCUACCUACCAGCCUCACGUGCCUUUCCCCGUAAUGCCGCAUUCACACAAAGAACAAGACUCCGACGUGAAAUGGCCCACCGGGCUAUCUUUCUUUAACGCGUUGACUAACAAUGUCAAUGCUAAGCUUCUGUUUGAUUCAGAGGUUUUAGGUGACAAACCAGAGCAUCAGAGCCACCAGAACCAGAGCCAGCAACAGAGCAACUCUGAGAGUCAAGCGAAUCCAAGUGAGUUCUUGAGCCUUGAUAGUCACCACCGAAACAUGAGUUUCUUGGAGUGA